AUGAAGCUCAUCUACCUCGAAACAACUCUACUGGUCCUCUUAAGCAAUGUCUAUGCCCAGGUGACAACUCUGAGUACGUUGACAAGCUACAGCAUAUCCUAUGAAACGCCUCCUGUGGUUCAACAUACAAUUACAUUCAAAAAUGUGUAUACUCUCACAUUGCCAGAUGGCAAAGUGACAACUUCGACAGAGAUACCUCCAACACAGCUCCCAAUUUCCCCCACAGCAACACUUGAGGAGAGCAAACGGACCGCAGGUGGCGUUUACACCGAAGCUACAACCAUCACCAAAACCAUCGAAGGUUGCUCCGUCACGCAAAAUGUGGACUGCAAGACAACUAUCACAAGCACCAAUAAGAUCACCAUGACCACUACAGUCGAGCCUGUAACUAGCAUAUCCACAGCAACAAGCUGUCCACCCGGUGGAACUGGUGUCACAGCCUGUCAAACUAGAACAGAUACGUUCACGACCUUGACAACAAAACUGAUCCCUGUCAAUACGGUGACAGAGAUCAAGGAGGCAACUACCGUACUGACGAAGACCGCAAGUGUUUCCUCUUCUGCAUCAACUGAUUCUACUGUAUCUACCUCCUCUUCUUCAACUGCAGAAUCGACACCAACAUCUUCACCAUCAUCAACAGAGAGCAUAUCAAGCAUACAUACUUCACUAUCGAGCACAUCCAAAAUAGAAGCUACGCCGUCCCCUUCAUCCACAGCUUCAUCGACCGAAACAUCUUCAACUUCAUCUUCGACUACACCCAGCGAAACACCUUCAGCCUCGACCCCAAUUCAAACGCCAACUCCAACCCCAAGUCCACCCAUACAAAUUCCCAUAGCAUCCACAGCCUCUGCAACUUCAUCGCCACUUACCGAUCUAUGCGGCGAAGAAUACACUUUUGCUGGAGCCCUGCCGACUGGACUGAUCUUCGAUCGGGACAUGACGGUCAUUGCACGUGGUACGAUGUACAGCGUUCCUUCUGGGAAACAUGUGGUUGGUACUGCUACUGGAUUAGGUGCUGAGCAAUCGCCUAAGCCGGAUUCGCCAAAGUUGAAGAGAAGUAGAUUUUGGGCGCCUAAGGCCUGA